AAUGCAUCGUACAGAAAACUGGGCCUGCUGUGACGUACGUAGUACGUAUGUAUAGUAUUUACGAUUAGCAUUGAAAAAAGUUACAAAAAAAAUGAAAUUUAAUGAUGCAUUUGGGCGUGGUGUGUGAUUUAGCGUGGCUGCAGCUGAGCGUGUGGAGCGUGUGCUGGGGAUGCCUGCCGCCCCCGUUUGCCCUUCAAUGGCCGCUGUCCAAUGUGCCACCGGCGAGCAGCCUGGAGGACCUGAUCACGGAGGCCCUGCGGACGAGACAGGACGAGCGCAUCACUCUGCCGCUGGCCGCGAACGCGGGCAUCCUGGAGGGCCUCCUGAGCCGGCCCCGGCUGGGCGAGGACGCGACGUUUAGCUGCGAGGCGCCGCCCGGGGGCGACUGGCGCUCGCUGACCUGGCUGCACCGCGGACGCACCGUCUUCGAAGCAGGCCACGCCCCGCCGGAGGACCCGGCGCAGCGCUACAACGUCAGCCGCGUGGGUGACCGCCGCCUGCAGCUGGUGGUCCUCAACGUCACCGCCUACUCGGGCGGGCCGCUCCUCUGCGUGGAUGCCACGCCCACCGCGAGCAGCUACACCGGCCAGCCGCUCGUUCUGCGCCGCUUCACGAUUACCCGCGCCAGCGAAGUCUUUGCACCGCUGCCCGAGGGCGGGACGCGCGUGACCCGCGUAGGCGGCAGCGUGACCAUCCCCUGCCGCGUCCGUUUGCCACUCCCAGACGGAGUCCUGCGUAACCUGGAUAACCAUGUUGUCUGGCGCUGGAUGGGCCGUCUGUACCGGCCGCCCACGCAGCUGCCGUACGGUGCGCUGCCGCCCUCGCAGGAACCGCCCAUCUUCACGGUGAACUGCCACCGGAAACCAGCGGUACCCAGUAAUCUUCCCGGACAGUUUAUCGACAACGCACUAAAAGUGGGAAAUCUCCCAGCUAGCGCUGGCGCCGAGCUGCAGUGCUUCUUCCGGCCGCAUGAAGGCGUCCACGAGUGGGUCUUUCAGACCGCUACGAUUACUGUGACCAACCAAUAGCUACUCAGUUUAUUAUAGCACCGAAAGUUGGUGUUCUGAUUAUCAAGUCUGCUGUCUGCGCAAUUAUAUAUCUCUGCAC